AUGGAUUACCCUGAAGAAGAGUAUAAUAGUGUUGUUUGGGACACAGGAGCUUUGAAACCUGAUGAAUUGUCAGAGGAAGAGGAUAAUGUAGCAACAAUGACAACCGGAACAACAACAGAGACACCAUUUGUAACAACAGACCUUAGCGAGUCAAUAUCAAGUAACAUAGACGAAAACAUGUUUUCGGUUUCGACACUUGCCCCCUCACCCAUUAAUAAUUCCUUUCAAUCAGGAUUUAUUAAUCAGAACAAUUCCUUUCAAUCAGAAUUUAUUAAUCAAACCAAUUCAACACAGUCAUUAUCACCCAAUAUCAAUAUCCCAAUUGCUUUUCCUAUGACUAUUACAGUAACAGAUCCAAAAAAGGAGCUUGAUGGUACUAAAGAUGCGUUCAUGUUGUAUACAAUAACUACAAAGACCACUUUAGAAACUUUUACUGCAUCUACAGUGAAUAUAAAACGAAGGUUUCAAGAUUUUGUAUUGUUGCAUACAUUUUUAAGUAACGAUUUUCAUGCCUGCGUAGUCCCUCCUUUGCCAGAUAAACAUAGAAUGGAAUAUAUUACUGGUGAUCGUUUUUCGGAUGAAUUUGUUGAAAAACGUCGUGCAAGUCUUCAAAGAUUUUUGGAAAGAUUAGCUAGACAUCCAAAUGCUGAAUCUUUGUCCAUACAAAAGAAAGCAGCCGGUGAUGGUAUUUUGGAACAUUUAGGAGAUGCUUUAAUUAAUGCAUUUUCAAGAAUGAAAAAACCAGAUGAAAGGUUUGAAGAAUUAAAAGAAAAUAUAGAUAAACUUGAAGAAAAUUUACAAACAGUUGAGAGAUUAUAUCAAAAGAUUAUUAAAAGACAAACGGAUCUGGAAGCUGACUAUAGAGAAUUUGGUAGUACCGUUUCUGGGUUGGGACAAUUAGAAACAGGAUUGACAUCUCAUUUAGAAAAUUUUGGUGAAACUUCAUCCAAGUUUGCUGACGCUUGGAAAGAAUUGGUUUGUAAAGAUUUAAAUGAAUUAUAA